AAUGUUUGGUCGAUACUUCCUCAGACACAAAUUCAGAAACAGCAUUAAUUCGUGCAUUGUCUGAAUCUCUGUUCGUUCACUCCAUGCAACAACGGCUAUGUCUCCUUAUUCUCUCUCUUUGUUAGCCUCUCAUCACAACCCCAAAAUGCACACCCUUUCUUUUUUGUCACACUCUCCACAUCAUGUUCCAAACCACACAUCCAAACCCAAGAAUUUCCCUUUUCAAUUCUCUCCUCAUUCCCACACCAUCAAUGGACCCUCUUCUUCUUUGCUCCUCACUGCCACAAAGUCUUCACCUUUUCUCCUUUCCACCCCAAAAUUUGCAUCUUUCAGAGUCCUUGCUGCCUCUCUUCCUGAAGCCAGAAGUGAUGAACCAACCAAAACUAGUGGUUUGCUCAAGACUCUACAGCUUGGGGCCAUGUUUGCAACUUGGUACCUCUUGAAUAUCUACUUCAACAUCUACAACAAACAGGUUCUAAAAGUCUAUCCAUUUCCAGCAACAGUUACAGCAUUUCAAUUUGGGUUUGCAACAUUGAUGAUUAAUUUGAUUUGGAGCUUGAAUCUCCAUAGGAGACCAAACAUAAGUGGCUCACAGCUUGCAGCAAUUCUUCCUCUGGCUGUGGCUCACACAAUUGGGAAUCUCUUGACCAACAUUAGUCUUGGAAAGGUUGCUGUAUCUUUCACUCACACAAUCAAAGCUAUGGAGCCUUUCUUCACUGUUGUUCUUUCCACUCUUUUCCUGGGUCAGAGGCCUACUUUCUGGGUAGUUUCUUCCCUUAUACCAAUAGUGGGGGGAGUGACACUGGCAUCAAUGACUGAAGUCUCUUUCAAUUGGAUUGGAUUCACUACUGCUAUGGCAUCUAACCUUACCAAUCAAUCACGGAAUGUUUUGAGCAAAAAACUGAUGACUAAUGAAGAGGAAGUUUUGGACAAUAUCAAUCUCUACUCAGUUAUAACCAUCAUUUCCUUUAUCUUGUUGGUCCCAUGCACUAUACUUGUGGAGGGUGUCAAGUUUACUCCUUCUUACCUGCAAUCUGCUGCAAGCCAAGGGCUGAAUGUUAGAGAGCUGUGUGUCAAAUCAGUUUUGGCUGCUUUCUGCUUCCAUGCAUAUCAGCAGGUCUCUUACAUGAUAUUACAAAUGGUGUCCCCUGUGUCCCACUCGGUUGGAAACUGUGUGAAGCGUGUGGUUGUCAUUGUUUCUUCAGUUAUCUUCUUCCAAACUCCUGUCUCACCCAUUAACACACUUGGAACUGGUGUUGCACUUGUUGGAGUUUUCUUGUACUCAAGGGCAAAUCGGAUAAAGCCAGUGCCAAAGACAAAUUGAGGCAGCAUAACUCUUCUAAAGAAACGAAAAGAAGGAAAAGGAAGAGUAAAUACUUCAGACAUAACAACCAUUAUCAGUGUAAAAUAUUAUUUUUUAGGUUAAUGAUCAUGUACGUAAAAUAGUUUUACACGAUCAAUAAUAAAUUCAAUGUUAGUAUGACUUUUUAUUCA